AUGCGCGCGGACGCAGUUCUGCGAAACGCGGAGGCAGCGGGGCAGCAGGAGCAAGAGGCGCAGCGCCUGCGAGACGGACACCGGGAGGGAGGCGCGGCAUGGUUGCGGACCGAGUUGGAGGAAGCAGGGCAGCAGGAGCCAGAGGUGCAGCGCCUGCGAGACGGACACCGGGAGGGAGGCGCGGCGUGGUUGCGGACCGAGUUGGAGGCCAAGAGCACUUCCGACGAAGCAGGGCAGCAGGAGCCAGAGGUGCAGCGCCUGCGAGACGGACACCGGGAGGGAGGCGCGGCGUGGUUGCGGACCGAGUUGGAGGCCAAGAACUACACCCACUUGCGACGGCUGUGCGCUAUGUUGGGGCUACCGCAGAGGAACGCGGAGCCGUCCUUGGUGGAUAUAGCUUCGGAGUUGGGCCUACCUUGCGAGCAUAUGCAUCGGAACAGGCUGGUGGAUAGCAUCGUUCUGUCGCUCUGUCCGCUGCGCGCGCCCGGGGCGGAAGAUGAUGUGAGGUAUCACUUUUGGCGCUGGCUCGCAGAUUGCCGGACCGUUCCUGCAGCAGACCUCGUAGCAAAGGCAUCUGUCAGUUUUCCUGCGACACAGCUACGGCGAUCUAUGCUGAGUCUUUGCGAAGAUGUUCCGUUGGAAAGUAUUGAGAGGAGGCAUGGAAGCGCGGCCGCGGAGCUGGAGCAAUUGAGCCAGGCCACCGUUGCAGUCUUGCAACACCUUUCUGCUUUGAAUGUUCAGUUUCCAGCUGAAGUGCCAGAGACUUGGACCACUGCGAUGGAACAACUGCAAAGCAUCAGAUGGCCAGACCGUUUGUCUGGAUUGCAGUGCAGUAGUUUGCUGGCUGUGUUGUUGGAGAAUCGGCCGCUACAGCGCAGAGGUUGGUGGCAGUUGGUGGAUUGCUGGGAUCGCGCAGAUCCAGUGGAUGUAGCAGAGCGACUGUGGAGCCUGGCCACAUGUCAUCAAGCUGGACCAGCAGUGGAGCCAGACAGUGGCUUCCAGGAUCGAGAAGAUGUUUUGGAGGUGGGUCGGCAGAAAGCGUGGGACUUUUGCAAGGUUUAUGUGGACGUUUGGUUCGGAGAAACAGCGGUCUUGGGCGCACUGAAGCACAAGCACAAGAGUCGUGGAUAUGACGAGGCAGACAAACUCUUGUUGCGCACUUUGAUGCGGCGCUAUGGCUGGGAAAGACAUCUGGACGAGAGCGCAGCGUGCACGUGGAUGGAAACCUUUGAAGCAGUCAAGAAGGCAGAGGAUUGGUCUCGUUUUGCUUGGUUUCUGGUCGCGCACUUGUUGCACCCUGCUUGUCGUGAGAGUUUGCGUGCGUGGCACAAUCCGGUGACCGUUUUGGAGUCGAGAUUAGACCGCAGUGGUAUUGCCCAGGAGGUGGUUACUUUGCACGAUGACUUGUUGGCCUGGCAAGAUCUCCACGGGUGUUCUUCGUUGCCCGAGAAGAAGCAGCACGCAGACUUGGCGAAGAGGGUGGGCAAGUAUUUCAACAGCAGGGAGGCGCGUGUGAGGACCCUCCAGAAAGCUUAUCCUGCAGACUUUGCGCCGCUGCCGGGUUACAGAGUUGAGUAUUUGUCCUUGGAAGGCGAUUCCCUGCGUGGUGUACUCUGGCGGUCUGCAGCUGAACGCGCUCUGAUGUUUUCGAUCCCUGGAUGGAGAGAAGAGGGCAAGGGCAAGGAGGGGUUUCAUCCUUUGCAGGAUUUCUGUAAGCAUUGGUUGCCAGAAGCAGACGAGAUGGAGUGUCUUGAUUUGUUGACCAACACACAGCGCCCUGUCACGUGGAAGCUCGAGCAAGUCGCGAGACGAUUGGACUGUUCACCCACGUUUUCUGGUGUGCAAGAAGCCUUAGCCAAGCGCUUACUGCGAUCUUUCCCUGAGGAUGCAGGUGACUGCCUACAGAAAUUCUGCUGUAGAUUGUGUCCAACCGACUGCGCAGACGCAAAGUCCUUCAAAGAGCACGUCGCACAGGAGCACGCUGGCGUCGGGCUGCAAGAUACUCCCCGGAUGCUGAUUGAGUAUCGCAAGAAGAUUCUCGCGCUACUCUUCACCGAUCCUGCCCAAGCAGAAGGGCUACCACAGCUCCCGGAUGGAGUGGAUGCAGCAGUCCGUCCAUCUCAGCAGCAUCGACUGUGCCGCCUGCUGGGAGUUCCACGCUAUGCUGAGCGCUGGCCGCACAUUGCUUUGGAGGAGUUGCAGAAGUCUGCCGUUGAACAUCCUUUCCUCCCAGGUGAAUAUGUGCUCUUGCACCGGCGGCGCACGCCGGAAGACGUUCUGACCUUGCCGCGCCACGCCCUGGCGAAUGACCUGUGGCUUGGCAGAGCCUUGCCAGAGCUUCGUUCCCUCUCCGCGGGGACGAAGCGGCUCUUGCCCCUGGCGCGUGUGUGCAUGCAGGUCACCGUCCUGCAGCCGGUGGUGCUUCCCCACGCCGAACGGCAGAAGGGCUUCAUCGGGAACACCAUCUUUUUGCCGCAAGCUAGUCCUUCCUCAGUCGAAGCAGUGUUGCCACCCCGCGCAGAGGACAUGGCCGAGCACAUCUUGUUCGUCUUGGUGGGCCACAACAGAGGCGACCUGCGAUCGUCGGCCACGAUGCAGGCACCUCGAGAGGAAUACGUUGCCGCUGUCGAGCGCCUCCGACAAACUUCCAAGUACUACGCGGAGGCAGCGGUCGAUCUCAGUCGAUGGUCUGGCCAGGAGGAGACUAUGUUUGAAGGCUGUGUCCUUGAGACGGACGCAGACAGCUAUUUGGCGAGAGAGCUCUUACAACGGGGACCGGCGGACGCUCAAGGCCAAGAGAGCAGCCAGCAGGAGGAGGACGACGCUGGCAUGGCGGAGGACACUGCGGAGUCCGGCGAGCGAGCACACGAAGACUCAGGACAGUUGCGUUUGGUCUGUGGGUUGGUAGGUCAUCUGAUUUCCAGCAUAGUCGGCCUGAAUGACACCUCGGACGAUGAGAAUCGUUGGUUGCGGGUUUGCCGAGAUGUGGAGGAUCUGUGUCGUCGAAAGCCUCGACAGUAUGACACUGAUGCAGAGCUGGUCGUGCGCAAUCGGGCCAACAAUGACCUGGGUGUGGGUGCUGCGCAGAUGGAAGGAGCAAAUCUACUGGGUCGAGAAGGCGCGCACGAACGUGGAGUCCUUCGUCGCAUCCGCCAGGUCCAGACUGUGGCCGCGCAUGGGGUGGAGACAGAGCGACAAGCGCAAGGGCAAAUGUUUGAGGUCAGGCCACAGAAGUUGGUGGUGCCUUCUCGAGAUACCCCUCUGAGCAUGUUUGAGCCAGGGACCUGGGCAAUGGCUUUUCCUACGUUGUUCCCUUGGGGUGACGGGGUGCCUUUCUUGAAGAGGGAGACGAGCGUGGAAGCUUCUGAAGUGUUUCGUUAUUUGCUCCUACGCGAAGAGCUCCAGUACAGCGGUGAGGGAGGUGUUGAAGAUGAGGUCCCUGCACUACCUCGAUGGAGUUUGUCGGCCGCUCGGGACGACGAGUGGUUGCGUCAUCUUUUUUUGGGACCAGAUUUCUGGUUAAUGUCUGUUGAGCAGUUGCUCCCGACGAUGUAUGAUGUCCAACGUCGUUUGACGUUGAUGCGGACCUCCAAGGCCUAUGUCAAGAGGAGUGGCUUCGGCCGCCACUGCUCGGUCAUAGCCUCCGUGACCUCCGAGCACCUCCUGAAGGCCAUGGCGCUGCACGGGGAGAAAGCGGACAUCCGCGAGUUGCUCCGCUCCCCGGACGUGGACGUGCCGCUCAAGCGCGCACUGGGUAGCGUCCUACAGGCCAGUUCCAACGUUUUGGGCACAGAAGGUCACCGAUCUCAGAUCCGUCUGCGAGGCCACGCAGCUGGGUGGCAUUACGGCCCAAGUCACAUUUUUGUGACACCGAACUUGGCGGACUCGCGAGCUUCUCUGCUCUUGCAAUUGCAUCUGCAGGGGGGCUCGCGAGUCGAGGCCUAUGAGGUCGACCUGGCCUGGGACCUCGAGGCACCAGCACUGCCCUCGCUGAGCGCAAUGCGUCGCAUUCUAGCUGCCGACCCAGUCUCUCAAGCAAGGUUUUUUGACGUGAUGAUGACCUUGUUCUUUGAGGAGAUAUUGGGCACGUUGCCGCCGCUUACCCGCGCCAGCUUCCGAGGCGGUCUUGCCAGGGACUUCGAGGAUGGUUUUGCUGCUUCCACUCACGCUGGUUGCUUUGGAGAUGUGGCAGCCUUUUGUGGCCCUCUUGAGACGCAAGGACGCGGUUCCAUGCGCCCACAUAUUCUGGUUGUGCUUUUGGGGCGCGACCUGGGCAAUCGCCUUCGCUCUGUGUUGGCCACCGCAGCGCGUGGGGAACUGGUCAUUGAGUUGGAACGCUGGAGUCGCGCCGUCCUACAAGCAGCCAGCCGUAUUCGCUACGACAGCCAGCAAGCUCUCAGUCAGCAGUUAGAACAAGAAGUGUGUCCACUACCGCUGAGCGAAAAUCAGCGUGCUGCAUGUGGAAGGCAAUACAGCGACGUGCCACUGAGGUCAACGGAGCCAGACGGCCACGAAGCGGCGACGGAGUCCAGUACACCUCUCCGACUGACCGGAUGCUUCGCUUCACUACGUCCACAUUAUGUCAGGAGGAGCGAGGCCGCUGCUUUCAACGCGGCCAGUUGGAACGCUGCGAAAGGCAAGCGGGGAUGUCGAUUUGGCUGCUUCCACGUCGAACUACACAAAGAAACUGAAGACUCUGGACUGGAGAAGAAACUGGCUGCCAAUGAAGAGGAUGGAGACGGACAGGGCGGAGACGCACAGCCACCAGACGGGGAGCGCAAAAAGAAGGACAAGAGCUUGGACGCGCGGUUGCACAGAGUUGUUGUGGAUAUGUUUCGGGACAUGCAGGAUGUGCAAUUUUAUACUGGGGAGUACGCGAGCAAGAAGUUCGAAGUGUCUCGAUCUCUGCUACCGGAACUCUUUGCCGGCGUUCAGCGUCUUGAAGCUGAAGAGGCGGCACCGGUGCCCGAGGCUGCGCCGUUGCCUGCAGAAGUGGCCAGGUUGCGUGCUUUGAGUUUAUUGCGACGUCUUGCUUUUGGCAUGCAGAGAUGUGUUGCGAAGUCCAAUGGGGAGAUGGCCUACCAACUUUUGUUUCAGCAGGAGCAACUGGUCAGCUACAGUGGCUACAACGUGUUCUUUCGGUUUGUGCCCUAUGCCAUGUUUCGUUGUCGCGCAGUGGCCUUGGACGCAGCCGCCGCCAGCGCGCCUCAUUUGAAAGUUCUGCCCCUGGAGCCUGUGGAGGCUGAAGAGACUGACGCAAUCCCUGUGCAAGAGGUUGCUGAGGUAUUCGACGAGGAAGAUUUGACGGAAAGUAGGAUCCCGACAGGUGGCACGAGGGUUGUGUCGCACAAUCAGAAGGAUGAUUACUUGCAUCGUGGUGCUUCAGCCGUUAUGACGUCUAUGUCUUUGGUUAUGUAUUCUCGUUAUGUGCGACGAGAGUUGCGAACAGCAGACGACAAUGUUGUGGUGCCUGUGGAUUUGCGCCUUCCGGGGCAGAAUGAACCUGAGAAAUACGCUGCGUUUAUGCUGGGUUUGUCGUUGCCCUUUCCACGUUGCCCGGGUGCACAGCAUUGUGGAGAAGCUUGGCAAUGUUUUCAUUGUCAUGAGAUUGAAAAGUUGGAAGGGAAAGGUUUCCUGCGAGCCUGUUUCUCCAAGACCUGGAAACAAUGGAAAGCUUGCAUGCAGGUGCGCAAGGUGAAUGCGCAGGAACGACUCUUGGCUGGCUUGAGUUUACCUUUUCUGCGUGACGUGGUGGGCUUACGCGAGUGGUGCGAUGUGUCUUGUCUCGACGAGAUGCUUCUGGAUGGAGCAGACCCUGAGAUCUCCGAAGAGAUGCCUGCGCAGGAGCCCGCAGGAGAAGAUGCAGAGGACCAGGGAAUUCUGUUUCCGAGCACCUCCACACCUUCGCCUCUGUCGAGUACCUAUCAUUUGAUGUGGUGUCUCGGGAAGGUUUUCAAGGGCAAGCAUGGUCGCUACGUGGACCUACCUCGGAUACACGAAAGGAUUUGUUGGUCUUUGGGAAUCCCUUGUGGUUUUCACUACACACAGUUGACUCCGCUGGAGCACAUGUCUCAUGCGCAGCUGCAGUGGUUGGAGAGGUUCCGCCUGCACCGCGAAGCACGACAGCUCAGCAGCAGCCAGAGGAGAGCCGAGCGCUUUGCUUACAUGACCAAGGAAGAGGAGGGCGAAGACGACGAUGUCGGUCCCGUGGACAUAGAAGGAUCUGAUGUGGAGAACGAUCUCGAGCACGAAGAUGCGAUAGAGCGCAUGGAUUGCGCCGAACAUCCUGUGAGCCGAGAAGCUUUGAAAGAAGUACUCUUUCGUGAGAAAGACUGGAAGCGUUGCCUGGCGGGACGCGACAACCGCACGAAGUUUGCUCUGAGCAGAUUGAAGCAAGUGGUUGAGGCCAUGGGUGGCUUGCCCAAUGUGACUGUCAACGUUGAAGGCGAGCGUCCUCUGGAUGGUGCUCUUCGUCGCGCAUGGGCCUAUGCUGAAGCACAAGACAUGUUUGACCGGCAAUCCCAGUACCUGGAGAAUCUGUCUGGAGGUGUUCCAGAUGAUGCUGAGGAGGAGUUUGCCCCGAGUGGCCUGGAAGCGAUGACUGCGACGGAUCCGUUCUUGAUGGAUCUGAACGCGCAGAAUCUGCGACCGAGGGACUAUGCCUUGAAGCUGGUGGAGGACCAAUGCUGGUGGAAAAUCAUGGGGUGGAUCGAACGACUGGAGUGCACGCUCAACGCACAGCAGAUUCGCGCUGUGGCUCCCAUUGUUUGCACGAUCGAUGAUAUGUGGGAGAAGCGCACCGAAGCAAGCACCUGCUUCGCCAAUGGCCAGCCCAGUGAGCGGUGCAACUGUCUAUGGCUUGGCGCGGGGGGCUCGGGCAAAACGUGGGCAUACACCAAAGUCUUGCGGCCUUUGUUCCAGCGCUUCUUUGGCUUUGGUCGCUACACUGCCGGGGCACCGACCCACGCGGCCGCGCGGUUGUUGGGGGCAGAAGCUAGAACUCUGCACAAACUGGCGAACAUUUCCCCCAACUCCGCACUACACCGCGGCGCCAUCCGAGGGCAGCGGAACAAAAAUGAUGCCCUGGAGCAACAGAUUCUGGCGUCAUUGGCCUGCAUCGUCGAUGAGCUGUCGAUGAGCGCAGCGGAUGUAUAUCAUGCUCUUGGCCUGCGCUUCUCGGUGAAGCGCUGUGAGAACUGGGCGCUGGACCUGAGCCGCUAUCUGCAGGAGUGGUUCGGCAAGAUGCCGAUAGGGCUACAAUUCGGCGACUUCCUACAGUUGCGCCCUGCCGCCCAAGCGAGCCUCUGCGAAUGGGUGGAAGUUCCGUCAGCGGUAGAACCAGCGCCGCUGACGGAACUUCAAGAAGCCGAAGCCCCAGAGCAGGCCAGCAACGCAGCCGAGCUGGGGCGGCUCUUGUUCAAGAACUCCAUGGGCAUUGUGGUGCACUUCACUGGAACUGGGCGUUUCUCUUCUUGUGCUUCCGGCCAAGCUUUGGUGGCCAUUUUGCAGCACAUGCGGCAAGGCACCGCCAUGACGGACGCACUCUGGGCGCAACUCCAGAGUCGCGUCUACGAGGUCCAGCAACUGCAAGACCUCCAGACCGCACCUUCGCGCCGGGCGUUCUUGCGGGCCUACUGGGGUGCACUUGCCUGGGAGCAGGUUGCUCGGUUGCAACAGUUGCGAGCAGUGCUCGAGGCGGAAGACGCUGGAGAACGGCUGUACUUCGUGCAAGCCAUCGACAAGCCCACCGGCGACGCCACGCUGUCUUCCGCCCAGGUCAGCGCAGCUCUGCAGUGUUUGAACAUGACCAAGACUGGCUAUUUGAUUGGCAUGUGUCCGUUGUUUCUUGGGAUUUGGGAUGGAAGUGCGCAUUUCGUGCAUCUUGCCGGAGCCCUUGCUGACGCGCGAGCUCCCGUGCAUAGUGCGACGCAUAGAACUACAUCCCAAAGAACCUCCGACGCCACCUGGAGCAGCUUGCGUGGUCCUGCAGUACCAGUACCCUUGGCCCCACAGCGAGUGCUGACUCAUUUUGGACUGCAAGGCAUCACUGCCAGAUCUGGCCUGGUCGCUUUUCUGAAUCAACCUCCCUGGAUGAAGGAUGGAGAUUACGGUUUGGCCCUCCAUGUCAUGUUGUCGCGAGCAACGAAGUUGAGCGAUUUAUGGCUCAUUGGAGUGCCUGAGCGCCCAUAUUUCGAAGGCUUCUUGCAUGAGCACAACAAGACUUUGGUGGAUCGUAUGAGCCUGUUUGAACGUCUGUCUGCGCAGAAUGAGCAAGCUGCGGAAAAGUACAUCCAGAAGCUGCUUUGGAGGGGAAAUGCUUACGAGGUCGUGCUACCGUCGCCCGCAGAGGGUUUCCAGUGGCAUCCGACUAUUCCGGAACAGCGCAUUCCUUCAUGGGUGCCACGUUGGAAGCGUGCACCCUGGACUUAG